ACCCUUUUACUUUUAAAAAGCCAAAUUUGGUUAAGAUUGCCUCCGACCCAAAGGCCAAAUCCAAUCGCACAGCUCGAUCUGGGAGUCUGGCAGCCUGGUAGCUACAUGUAAACUGCCGAGGUAUUUCUCAAGCACCACGAUCUACACGGCGUUCGUCUAACCUGUCAGACAACAACUCGAACGAUGAAGGUCGGCUUGAUUGGUUCAACGGGAAAGACCGGGGGCUGGGCAUUAGAAGAAUGUUUGGAACGAGGGCAUACUGUGACGGCCUUGGUUCGAACAGCCUCCAAGCUGGCAGCCUACGCCGACAAGAUUACCAUUGUGGAAGGAGACGCCACGGAAUCUGGGUCCAUUCAAAAGUUAGACGAUGUAGACGUAAUUAUUUCUACCAUUGGAUCUCCCAACAAGGAGACAUUGGUGGUGAAAAAGACAGCCGAAGCUUUGGUGGAGGCUUUCAAAAGCAAGUCUUCCGCUCCCAGAGUGAUUUGGAUGACUUCCACUGGGAUUAAUGAAGCCACCGAUCAGGCCAAGUCUUACCCACUCAUUGGAAAAACUCCCAGUCAAUGGUUCUUUGGUUUUGGUCUAUUUGGAUGGCUUCAGUUCAAGGUAUUGAUUCCUUAUGUCAUCGGACAAGAGUUAUGGGAUGACAUGGCUCACUCCGAAACAGUCAUUCGGGAAAACGAAGAUAUUGUGAAAAAGACUACCAUUGUGAGACCAGGAAAUAUGUGGCCCGUCUCGGAAGCUGCCACCUUUUCCGAGGAAUGGCGCAAGGAGGGAGGUGCGGACUUGGAGUACAAGUUGGUAGGAGCUACUGACCCACCGCCAGGAAAAUGGAUUGGCCGAAAAGCGAUUGCCAAAGCUCUGGUGGAUCUGGUGGAAGAUUCUUCCAGAGAUGGAACAUCCGUGUCCCUUUUUCAAUAGAUGUGCAUUGCAAGUUUGUGCAUGCGAAGGUAUAGUUGUAGAAGCCUAGCAAAAACGUGCAGACCACCAGUAAUCCCGCCACACACAACAAAGGCGUGCGAGCUUCUGUACGCAUAGAAAAUCUUCAAACACCACAAGACUUGCAUCAAAUCUGUAGUCCACGAGACACAGAUUAUUCAGAAAAGCCUGAGCAGCAAGGCUUCUAUGGCUUUCCCUCUUAGAACUUUCCGCCUCCCCACCGGUACCAGCUUACUUAAAAGAGUUCCAAGCAAGUCCGUCUCCAUCGUCAAGCUUCUCAUCAACGAUGGAUGGAUUCUUCCAAAGAGUUGAGCCUGCAAAAAUGAUGGUUGCGUAAAGGUGGGUUCGAGGGUGGUUAACACUGACUGGCUUUCAUGCUCAAAAAUUGGAGACCUGGUUGCCUCCCGCGUCCUCAGCGCCAUACUGACGAGCACAGCUCCUUUUCCUGCAAUCUUACUAAGAGUGGAAGACACAACACGUAACCGAUGCAACUAAUCUUUUAAACGCUAUAAAUAAAUGAACCGCCCCAAA